AUGGAUCCGUUCCUCCGGUUGUUCCCGCUGCUCUUCCUGUUGGGUCUCGGCUCGGGCGUGGCGUUCACCGCCGGUCGCAGGGGGGCGGCCGUGCGCCCGCCGGUCCGCGCUCCGCGUCAGGACGGGCGCCUGCUUCACAGGUUCAAGCGAGACUGGAUGUGGAGGCAGUUCUUCCUGUCGGAGGAAUACACCGGGAACAACUACCAGUACGUCGGCAAGCUUCGCUCGGAUAAGGACCGAGGGGACGGCACGGCACGCUACGUCCUCUCCGGUGAGGGCGCCGGCACCAUCUUCCGCAUCGACGAGAAGUCAGGUGACCUGCACGCCACCCAGAGGCUGGACCGCGAGGAGAAGGCGUCCUACACCCUGCAGGCUCAGGCCUUCAACAAGUUCACGGGUCUUCCUCUGGAACCGGCCACCGAGUUCAUCGUCAAGAUCCACGACAUCAACGACAACGAGCCCAAGUUCACGCAGGCCGUCUACUCCGCCAGCGUCCCCGAGAUGUCCGACGUCGGGACGUUCGUGAUCGAAGUGAACGCCACGGACGCGGACGACGCCUCAUACGGGAACAGCGCCAAGCUGGUGUACAGUAUCCUGCAGGGUCAACCGUACUUCUCUGUGGAGCCGGAGACGGGGAUUGUGAGAAUAGCUCUGUCCAACAUGGACCGGGAGGUACGGCGAGACUACCAAGUGGUCAUUCAGGCCAAGGACAUGGCAGGACAGAUGGGGGGUCUGUCCGGAACCACGGUGGUCAACGUGACCCUGACGGACGUUAACGACAGCCCGCCGCGCUUCGCCUCCAGUUCGUACACUCUCAGCACGUACGAGUCGGCCGAGAUCGGAUCCACGGUGGGUCGGAUCAGGGCCCUCGACGGGGACGAGGGAGAGAACGCCGAGAUGAGGUACAGGAUCCUGGACGGGGAUGGAAAAGACUCGCUGGAUAUCAUCACUGAUGAGCUAACGCAAGAGGGAAUAGUUGUCGUGAAAAAGAAACUGGAUUACGAGAGCCGGCGUGUUUACACCGUCAAAGUGGAGGUGAGCAACACUCACACGGACCCCGGCUUCUUCCACCUGGGGCCGUUUUCGGACACCACCAUGGUCAAGGUGACGGUGAGGGACGUGGACGAGCCGCCGGUCUUCAGCCGGCCGCAGUUCGUCAUCGAGGUGAACGAGGACACACCCAAGGGGAGCAUCAUAGGGACGGUUACGGCGUGGGACCCGGACGCUACGGACUACCCUGUGCAGUUUGCGAUCGACGAGCACACAGAUCCCGACAGACUGUUCCACAUCAACCCCCGGAACGGCUCCAUCACCACCCUCAGGUCCCUCGACAGGGAGGCGUCCAAGUGGCACAACGUUUCGGUUCUCGCCAGCGAAUUAAAUAACCCUCGCCAGAGGAGUCGAGUUCCUGUGCUGAUUAAAAUUCUGGACGUGAACGACAACGCUCCGGAGUUCGCCAUGUUCUACGAGACGUUCGUGUGCGAGAACGUCAAAGCUGGUCAGCUGAUCCAAACCAUCAGUGCCAUCGACACAGACGAGCCGCUCGUCGGGCACAAGUUUGUGUUCAGCCUCAGCACCAUCAACCCAAACUUCACCAUUUUUGACAAUGAAGAUAACACGGCCAGGAUCCUGACCAGGCGGAGCGGCUUUAACAGGCAGGAGAUGAGUACGUACUACCUGCCCGUGGUCAUCUCGGACAGCGACUAUCCCAUCCAGAGCAGUACCAGUACGCUGACCGUGCGAGUGUGUGGAUGCGACAGUACUGGCAACCUGCGCUCGUGCAGCGUGGACGCCCUGCUGCUGUCGGCCAGGCUCAGCACCGCCGCCCUGGUGGCCAUUCUCCUCUGCAUCGUCAUCCUCCUCAUGAUCGUGGUUCUGUUCUCGGCCCUGAGGAAGCAGCGGCGCAAGGAGCCGCUCAUCAUCUCCAAAGAGGACGUCCGGGACAACGUGGUGAGCUACAACGACGAGGGCGGCGGCGAGGAGGACACGCAGGCCUUCGACAUCGGAGCGCUGCGCCACCCCGACGGCGUGGAGGAGAGCACCAAGCUGAGGCGCGACAUCAUCCCCGACGUGCUGUUCCCGUACCCGAGCCGCUCGCCCGCCAGCGGCUGCAACGACCUCCGAGACUUCAUCAGCAGCAGGCUGAAGGAGACGGACGCCGACCCCUCGGCCCCGCCCUAUGAUUCCCUGGCCACGUACGCCUACGAGGGGAACGGCUCCAUCGCCGAGUCGCUGAGCUCGCUGGAGUCAGCGGGACACGACGGAGACCACGAGUACGACUUUCUCGGCAGCUGGGGGCCGGAGUUUAAAAAGCUGGCGGAUAUGUACAUGGGGAAGGAGACCACAGGGGCCGGAUAAAGGGGCCCGAGGGAUGGAACUCGCACCAGGAUUUACUUCACUUGUUUUUUUACUUGCUUUUUGUUCUCUGAGGGAUUUUUGUUGACAGUCUCGUGGCAGUUUUGUCGUGCUGAUGAGGAGUGAGUUGUGAUUUUGUCGAUGCCGUUUGUUCUCUUGAAGAAGAAGAAAAAAAAACACUUGAUGAACGAAAUCAAAACAAAAAAAAUUCAUUUGCUUGUGUGAAAGACGUCACUUCAUCCGCCAGACUGUGAGAAUCACCGGAAACUAAACCGCAGCGGCACGGGCGAGACGCUGCGAACACACACGGGCACGAUUUUGAAUGUUGUUGACGUUUUAUAUCCAUAUUUUUUAUGAAUAUAUUUUAAUAAAAAAAUGAUGAAUGCA